AUGGCGGCGCGAGUCAUACUCCUCUUUCUGUUGUUCUGUCAAGGGGAAAGAAGUGGAAUUUCAGAGGCCGCCGGCCUUUCAGAAGAAGACGAGGACUUUCAGUUGUUAUCAGGCAAAAAAGAAGUCUCGCAUCACGCUGAGACAGUCGAGAGAAUAAAGGACCUUGGAGCCGGUGGUAAUAGUACAAAAAACGAUACGAGGCAUCUGCCAAACGUGGCUUUCCAGCUAAGCGACGGAAAACCUGAUGAUUUCGACUCCGGGAGCAGCUCAGGAAAGCAAACAGAUGUGCUUAGCCCCCCUGAGUCUGCCUCUGCUGCACCCCUAAGGUCUAAACAUAGCCCCGAACGCAGCGUGGACCCCGGGAGAAGGAGCAGUUGGACUAAUGGGGAGCUCGAAGGUGCGAUUAAUGGCUUCAGGCUGGUGCCGAGCUCCGGGCUGCUGCGCGACGUCUUGCCCCAGCGUCCUGGCGCCGAGGCCGAGGCUCUGGCCGCCGCCGCCCGGCCUCGGCGCCGGCGGAGCUGGCUGUGGAACCAGUUCUUCGUGAUCGAGGAGUACCGAGGGCCCGAGCCCGUGCUCAUCGGACGGCUCCACACGGACAUGGACAGAGGAGACGGGCGCACCAAGUACAAGCUGGAGGGGGAGGGGGUGGGCUCUGUGUUUGUUAUCGACGGCAACACGGGGAACAUACACGUCACCAAGUCCUUGGACCGCGAGGAGAAAGACCAGUAUCGCCUCAUAGCCACGGCGACGGACCGUGAGACGGGCCGGGCGCUGGAGCCCUCCUCGGAGUUUGUCAUCCGGGUGCAGGACAUCAACGACAACCCACCCGUCUUCCCCAAUGAACCUUACGUUGCCAUGGUGCCGGAGAUGGCCAACAUAGGCACCUCCAUCGUCCAGGUCACAGCCGCCGACGCUGACGAUCCAACCUACGGAAACAGCGCCCGCCUGGUUUACGGGAUAAUACAGGGCCAGGACUUUUUCUCCGUGGACCCCGAGACAGGCGUCCUGCGGACGGCGGUACCAGACAUGGACAGGGAGAAGCAGGAUGAGUAUCUGGUGGUCCUCCAGGCCAAAGACAUGGGCGGGCAUCUGGGCGGUUUAUCGGGGACCACAACCGUCACCGUGAGGCUGAGCGACGUCAACGACAACCCGCCUCACUUCAGAAAGAGUGCGUGGUCGUUCUCCGUGUCGGAGCUGGCGGCGCCAGGUGUGGAGGUGGGCCGUGUCACCGCCUCCGAUCCCGACCUGGGAGAAAACGCACAGCUGGACUUCACCAUCCUGGACGCAGAGGAGGCGGAAAUAUUCAACAUAACCGGACGAGACAAAGAGGCCGUCAUUGUGCUCAACAAGCUCCUGGACUACGAGAGCUGCAACUCGUACACCUUCUCUGUGGAAGUCAUGAACCCCCUGGUAGACGCGCGCUACAUAAGAAAAGGCCCCUUUAAGGACCAGGCAACAGUCCAGGUCAUGGUCCUGAACGCCGACGAGCCCCCGAGAUUUUCCCAGACUCUGUACCAUCUGGACGUGUCGGAGAACUGCCCCCCCAUCUGCUCGGUUGGCCGGGUCCACGCAGUGGACCCAGACACAGGGCAGGGCACCAACAUCAGGUACUCCAUCGAUCCCCAGUCUGAUCCGGAGGCUUUGUUCCGCAUCGCCUCCAACACGGGGUUUAUCAGCACGGUGAUGGAGCUGGACCGUGAGGAGGAGCAGUGGCAUAACAUCACAGUCAUCGCCACGCAGAGAGACAACCCAAAUCUUGUGUCGAGGGUUGUGGUUGCCAUAGAGACGCUGGACCAGAACGACAACGCUCCAGAGCUGGACAGACAGUACACAACAUCAGUAUGUGACUCCAGUGCCCCCGGUCAGGUAGUUCAGGUUCUUCGAGCCAUCGACAGAGACCAGGGAGGACAGGACACCCCCGUCCACUUCAGUAUCCCUCCAGAGUCCAGCUCUGCUCUCAACCUGACCGUCAAGGAAACCGGAGGUGUGACAGCUAGUCUGGUGCUUCAGUCGGGAUUGGAGCCGCUCCCUGGCUUCUCCCCCUCCCUGCUCACCCUCUAUGUGCCAGUGGUGCUGCGUGACGGGGCCUCGGGUCUGACCAACACUGGCACGGUCACCGUGACCAUUUGCCCAUGUCUGCAAGGAGGCAUGCAGACCGAGGACAGGGGCCGGCAGAAGGAGAGGCGGUGGGAGAGACACACCGUGUGUCUGCCAGUGCCGUCCACCUCCCCGUCCCUCAUCUUCAGCCUGGUCACUCUGCUGGCCAUGCUGGCCUGCGUGACCACACUGCUGGUGGUGUGUGCACUCUCGCUGUCAUUACGGCAUCAGAAACGAGACUCCCACUCACCCUUUGAGGAGGAUGAUGUCAGAGAAAACAUCAUAUCCUACGAUGACGAGGGGGGAGGGGAGGCCGACACCUCAGCCUUUGACAUUACCGCCCUGCAGAGCAUGCAGAGAAUACAGCACAUGCACAACAACAGGAACAUAUGGUACACCCAGCAGAACGCGCCCAGAGCCAGGACGUACAGCUGGGGCCGGCACCCACGCCCCGGCCUGGGCCCCCAGCAGCGUCCGGGCUCCGCCCCGCUGUACGGACGCCUCUGCUACGGCGUCAACACGCUGCCCGUCCUCCGGGACUACCCGGCCGGGCCGCUGGAGGGAGGCCUGCAGCUGGCCCAGCUCACCCAAGCGCUCGCGGGAGGUCACUUGGGCAAUUCCCUCUUCAUCCCCAAGCAGAGCACCUUUGAGCCGCCGCCGCCGCCGCGCUCCCCUGAGACCAGCCUCGGCGGUUUCGAGGCAGAAAACGCGCCGGCGAGGAACACAAUUACAAACAGUAAUGAAAGCGGUGGAGCGGACACGGCUGGUGGAAAAGAGAAAGAGGAUCAGAGCAAGACGAACCCGACGGGGGCAGAGUCGGCGGCGGCCGGCGUCCCGGCGGACCUGACCUACGAGUCUCUGUGCCGGAGCCACGCCAGCUUCUCGUCCAAUCAGCAGGAGGGCCGGCCGGGCUCGUCCCAGACCCAGGCCAGCACGGCCGACGACAUGGAGACUGACUCCUCCUUCCCCUCGCUCUCCGAGCACAACUACCCCGACGGGAGCGCCCCCUACAGCAUCGUGGGCUCGCUGAACCCCGGCAGCCUGGGGGCGUGCGUGAACGGCGGCGGCGGCGGCGGGGGGGGCAGCGGCGGGCUGUACUCGGCGGGGGUGCAGCUGCUCAGCGUGGACAGACUCCUGGGGAAAGACGCGGCCCCCCGGUCCCUGCCCCCGCCGGGGAGAACGGGCGCCGCCCACCCGCAGCCGCUGCGCAUGGAGGAGCUGCUCAACAUCCGGCUGGACCGCGUGACCUUUGACCUGUCGCAGCCGCCCUACGACUCGCUGCAGACCUACGAGUUCGAGGGCCGCGACUCCCGCGCCGAGUCCCUCAGCUCCCUGGAGAGCGAGGCGGAGAGGGAGGACGGGAGAGAGGCCGGGGGCAUGGAGGAGCUGAACGAGAAGUUCCAGAGGCUGGUGGAGAUCAUCCGAGACCGCAGGAAGGAGAGGCAGAGGGAGGCGGAGGAGAAGGAGAAAGGGAUGGAGGGAGGAGGGGGGGCAGAGGCGGAGGAGCAGAACCAGAGCAAAGAAAAGCAACCGCAGAGAUGGGACUUCUAG